ACGAGAGCAAUGGGUAAACAUCGUGAACAGACUGUAAACUUUAUUUUAUCUACAUUUUCGUGUAUUUUCCUACAGAAAUAUUGACAAAAUAAUAUAAGUAAAACGAAAAUUUGGCUUUCACAUUCGAUAUUGAAAUUGACGCAAUGACGUCUAGACAUAGGACAUGACAAAGAACGUUGAUAAAUGGAAAAAAUAAGUAAAAUAAAAGGAAGGACGAAGGGAAAGGCCGUCGUUAUAUUAGGAUGUGCAUCAGGCCUGAUUAUGGAUCUACCUGCUUGAAGGUGAGCGCUCAGUGUGUGUGCGGAACAGACACCGGCGCCUCCCUUCAUUUGUUGACUGUUCAUCCCCCAACCGACAACAUGGAUCGCCGUGGUCCACCUGCGCUCUUCCUUUAAUUUACUUUAUUCUAACGCCAUUUAUGUGAGGUCGAUUAUGUUAGGUCUAAAAGCUGGCCAGGGUUUUGGAUUAAACCAAUGAACAAUGUAGCGAGCAUCCGAAGAAAAGCGCCGCGGCGUCCGCUGUGGAUAUGCCGAGAGAUGAGGCGAGAACUGCACCUGGAAACGGUGUCACUGCGAGGACAGCACCAAGCAGAGAGAGUCCAGCACAGCAGAAUGGGGUUCAGCCUAUUAAUGAUGUCAUCAGCCCUGUGUCCUCUGCCCCUGCUCCAGGUGCCCUGUGUCCUAGAGGACAGUUGGGUGGCAAGUACAAAUUUCUGCUCUCCUGUAUCUGCUUCUGUGCUGGCCUGGGGAAUGUCUGGAGGUUCCCUUAUCUCUGCUACCGAAACGGAGGAGGCAUGUUCCUCAUCCCGUACUUCAUCAUACUCUUCUUCACGGAAAUGCCACUCUUCCUCAUGGAGCUCAGCCUGGUUCAUCCUGACUGGCAUCUUUAUCGAAAUGUACGGCACUUCUCUAUGCUACGGCUCCUAUGUGUUUCUGACUUGGGGAAAAGCGCUGGGUGUGUGCAUGGGUGCCUCCUAUCUGCAAAUUCUCAUCUGGGCCAUAGUCGCAAUCAGUAAAGAGUCUGGGACUCUGAAAGACCAUUUUAAGAAAUCCAUCCAUCCGCUCAACACUUGCCGUGUAAACAACCUCAACGCCAACACUGAGGAGCAGCGUGUGGAGCCCGAGCGAGAAGAGGGACCCUUUACGGUUAACCUUACUCAAGCCGACUUCACUGCCGUGAACUGGGAGGCCAUAAGCGAAGCAUAACACUGCCUCCAUUGUUGGGAGGCCGAACUGCACCCUCUCAAAUGCACAAAGGCUAAUGAGAACCUAGAAACUAUGCACACCUCGUCUGUACACAUUUUCAAAAAGGUGGACUGAAAUGAUUCUACUGUUUUGUAGGACACAUUACACAAAGCUUUAUUUAUGCUAAUGUUUUUCUCAUUUGGUUUAGUACAGAGACGGGUAGACAUUAUUUUGUGUUUUCUGACUACUUGACAUCCAAAAGAUUCCAUUUCCGUUCAUUUUGGUCUACCUGGUCUUUUUAUGGCAUUAUUUUGCAGAGCGUAAAGGCUUAAUUUAACACUUAACAGAUGUUUUUCUUUUACAACCUUCAUCAAAGAGCCACAGUAAAACAUGUCAAUGUCUUCAGGAGUCUUGACACUGUGUAGUCAAACUGCUUAUUUUAAAUAACUACCACUGUAGAUUUAGUAAAUAAAGUGUAAUAUAAAGAGUCAGUGGAAACCCUGUUAAAUAAUAUAGAAUGUUAAAAAUAUAAAAGCAUGAUCAUAAACAUUUUAUAACAUUUUAAAAAGGCCACAUAUCAUACAAAUACAAUUUGAUAUUUUAACUAAAUAAUUCCUCUUAGCAGAGAUGUUUACCAAGGGAAGUCAAAAUAGUUCACUGUUCUACCAGGGCCAUCCACAGCUUAAAUGAAACAUACUGUUCUAAUAAAAAAAAAAAAAUUAAAAAAAGGUUAUUUUGAGCACCAUGGCAACAAUGAUAAACCUGUCCUUGUUGAGUCUUUGUUGUGGACACUAACUCAUAGUGCUGUCUUGAUUUAGGUGUUUCUUCUCAACUUGCAAUUGAGCGUACAUGGUGUCUUGCCUUUUAAUGCUCUGCUCCAUGACAGUAGAGCAAAAAAACCUUCAGGAUGCUGGAGUUAAAUACGCUGGAGUGCAGUGCCAAAUAUCUCUGGUAUUUAUGUUUAGCUUACCCUGGAUGAACUAUUUAAGACAUUUCUGAGAUAUACACAAUGUUAUGUCUGAAUAUGUGAGGUAUUGGGUUUGCAUAAUGUGUUGCUGCAUAUUUAAAAGUUAAUUUCUUCAAACAAUGUUAGCUCAGCUACUUCCUGUGAAGGUUUCAAAACAACAAGUUAGUCUCAGAACCAUGGCUUAAAGAAAAAUUUUGCAAAACAUGCAUGCUGAACUGGACUAGUCAGCAAUUUGUUGCACAUUAAAUCAUUCAGAGAAAGCAAAAUGACAAAGUCUAAACCUUUUUAGUGAGGUUAAUGCAUCAAACAGGACAAAACUAUUUGCUAGUGGGUUUAGAAAAAUAAGUCUUAUAUUUAUUUUUGAGUA